ACUCACAAGAGGGAGAAGCUGGCUGGCGGUGCUGAAGAUGGCGGAUGGUGACAGUGGGAGCGAGCGCGGUGGCAGCAGCCGCGGAGGGGGAGGUGGGAGCGGGCACCAGCCCUUCCAGAGAGAACAGGAGACGCAGGAGCUGGCGUCCAAGCGCCUGGACAUCCAGAACAAGCGCUUCUACCUGGAUGUCAAGCAGAACAACAAGGGCAGGUUCAUCAAAAUUGCCGAGGUGGGGGCCGGGGGCUCCAAAAGUCGCCUGACCCUGUCCAUGUCAGUUGCGGCGGAGUUUCGCGAUUACCUGGGAGAUUUCAUAGAGCACUACGCCCAACUGGGGCCUAGCAGCCCGGAGCAGAUCGCCCAGUCCUCGGUCGGAGAGGACGGUGGGCCCAGGCGAGCCUUGAAGAGCGAGUUCUUGGUCCGGGAGAACCGUAAAUACUACCUUGAUCUGAAGGAGAACCAGCGGGGGAGGUUCUUGCGGAUCCGACAGACCGUCAACCGAGGGCCCGGGUACGGAGUAGGUGGGCCGGGAGGAGGUAUGCAGGCUGGUCAGACCAUAGCCCUUCCGGCCCAAGGCUUAAUAGAGUUUAGAGACGCCCUUGCAAAGCUUAUAGAUGAUUAUGGUGGAGACGACGAGGAAUUGGCCUGUGGAACGGCGGUUGGGGGCUAUGGGGAGCUUCCUGAGGGCACAUCCAUCAUGGUGGACUCUAAACGGUUCUUUUUUGACGUCGGGUCAAACAAAUACGGCGUGUUCCUGCGAGUGAGCGAGGUCAAACCGAGCUACAGGAACUCUAUCACCAUCCCGUUCAAAGCGUGGGGAAAGUUCGGAGGUGCUUUCAGCCGGUACGCGGAGGAAAUGAAAGAGAUCCAGGAGCGACAGCGGGAUAAAAUGUACGAGAGAAAAGAGGAAGCAGUGUCACCUCCCACAACAAUGUGGCCUGGUAUCAAGAGAGUGGCAGGCCUAUUAACCAAUUGGCAACCAGAAAGGACAGUCUCUUCCUACUGUGUGCGUCCCAUGCUGCAGGAGCCUGCUUCCCACUUCAGAACAGUUUGCACAUAUAUUAUGCCAAAAUGUUGAUGUGUUUUUUUUGGUACGUUUGGUCUUCUGCAAUGGUUUUUUCGGGCUGUUUGUGCACAUUUUUUCUCUCUAAUGGAAGCAAGUCGGUAGCCCCUUUUGACAGAUUGGACAACAGUAGGCAUUUUUCAAUUAAGUGAUUGUUUUCAUUCAACGAAAGACUAAUCGCUUUAAUGGCAAUUUUUUUUAUUUGGGAAAUACUGCACCAAAUGUCUUAGGCUUAGUAAAAACAUCUCUGCAAAAACAUCUAAAUGAAUGACAUACUGAGCACGGACAGCUGAAAAAACCCUUGCCAUAGGCCAAAAUGAACAAAAACAUCAAUUUCAUCCUAAUAUAUGCGCAAACUGAUUUGGGUGGGAAAGCAUGCGGACGCCUUUACACACACACCACGGGAGCCUUCUGAUAUGGCCAUUGGAAUUGAUCACUGGGUGAAACCCAGUGGAGCUGCUACUACUACUGUCACCCAGCCAGCCAAGAGUGUGUAGGGCAUCAAUGAUACGGUGCCAACACUCUGUCUCAGCCCAGGCAUCAGCACUGCCACACCACCGACCUUACACUACGCCUCUGGACAGUAACAACAGGAUGAAUGUUUUACAAAGACAGCUAUAUUGAAAGAAAAUGGUGCUUAUGAUGAGAUGAUAAAAAAAACUUUAAAAAACUAGCUUACAAUAUUUUUUACCUUAAAAUACCUUAAAGAAAAUGAAAAUAUAUUAAUUAUAGAAGUAUAACGCAGGCUUAUAAAACAUAAUUGUCCAUUUUUUUUUUUCUUUGUUUAUUCUCACUUUCAUUUGUUGGUUUUCUCCCAGAGAGUGAAAUAAAUAACACUUCUGUGAUUAAAAAAUAUAUAUUAAUGCAACAGAUAUUGUGAUUGUGUACUAAAAAAAAAAACUCUUUCUCUCCCUCUUCCCUCCUCCCCACUCCAACACAACCAGCAGCUGCUGAAAUGUUCACUUACUCUUCUUCUUAGGUUGAAACGGGCAGACACUUCAUCCUCUCAAGUGUUCCUUUAAGUAUUAGUUAUUAGGCUCCUACACAUCUAUCAAACUACAGCCAGUUGGAAUAAUUGGCACCGUGUGUAGUCCCAGUUGGUCUCCGUUUCUCAUAGUUGUUCCCCAUUUAACAUGUGGAACCGGCCAAGGGCAAUUGGUCUGAGAUGGGGGGGGGGGGGGGGGGCUGCCCAACACAUCACCGGUAGUUUGUUGGCUGUGGACUCGUUGGAUAGACGUGUAGGAGCCUUCAUAUGACACAUUAUAAACUCCGAGCUUGAAGUUGCCUUCAGUUUAACUUGUGCCAUUAAUUAUGUUGCCUGUUGUCAUCAAGGCAAUUAGGUUUCAUUUUUGUACUUGGAAAAGACUACUAAAUAGUGUACUGUAAGUACAUGGAAAAGCAAACUCGGGCUCCCGAUUGGCACAGCGGUCUAAGGCACUGCAUCUCAGUGCAAGAGGCGUCACUACAGUCCCUGGUUCGUAUCCAGGCUGUAUCACAUUCGGCCGUGAUUGGGAGUCCCGUAGGGCUGUGCACAAUUGGCCCAGGGUUUGGCCGGGGUAGCCCGUUAUUGUAAACAAGAAGUUGUUUUGAACUGACUUGCCUAGUUAAAUAAAGGUUCAAUAAAGAAAUUAAUUUAAAAAGUACUGCCUGACAUUCAUGGCUCAAUCGAGUUAGGCAUUUAACGUACCUUAGUAAUCCAAUUGGUUUACGAUGCUAAGAAUGUGUGUGUGGAUUCUUUGCCACUUUUUUGUUGUUGCACUUUGAGAUACCAAACACAAUGGGGUGGUUAGAGCGUUGGACCAGUAACCGGAAGGUUGCAAGUUCAAAUCCCCGAGCUGACAAAGUACAAAUCUGUCAUUCUUGCCUAGUUAAAUAAAGGUUAAAAAAAUAAAUAAAUUAAAUGUAUUAGUCUCACAGCCAA